GUCCCCUUCGUCUCCUGCCACCUCAGGGUCUUGAAGCUGUCGUAUGCUAUGCUCGACCGCAGGAUCCUCGGGGAGCUCUCUUCUAGCUGCGCAUCUCUGGAGGAACUUGACCUCAAGGAUUGCGUGGUGGCAGCGGAUGAGAUCGUCUCUGCCUCUCUCAAGACUUUAAUCAUGCUCAAAUGCAAGAUCGAGUGUGACUUCUCGAUUUCUGCUCCGAACCUCGUGAUUCUGCGCCUCAUCAUCUUACUUGCGGGUCCCAUCAUUCAAGAACCUGGGUUCGCUGGUCACUGGAACUAUCAUGAUAGAUGACUAUUUCUUGAGUGAUGACUUCAAUGAGGAUGACGAGUAUGACGAAACCACUGAUGAUGAUGUUUCUGAACACACCAUUGAUCAAGAGGAUUCUGAUGAAACUACUAUUGAUGAUGAUGAUGAUGAUGAUGACGACGACGACGACGAUGCAGCUGAUGAUAAUAGCAAUUAUGGUUCUGAACACAUCAUUGAGCAAGAGGAUUGUGAUGAUACUACUUCUGACGAUGGUGGCGAUGAUGAUAGCAGUUAUGUUUCUGAACACAUCAGUUAUGGUUCUGAACACAUCAUUGAGCAAGAGGAUUGUGAUGAAACUACUUCUGAUGAUGGUGACGAUGAUGAUAGCAGUUAUGCUUCCGAACACAUCACCAAUCAAGAUGAUUGUGAUGAAACAACUGAUGAUGAUGGUGAUGAUAGCGACGAUAAGGAUAAGAGAGAGAAGAGCUAUAAGGCUGGUGAUGGCUCUUUCUUGAGUGGUGAUGAUUCUGUAUACAUCAGUGAAGAUGAUGUUUUCGCUGAAAGCGCUGACGAGGAAGAUGGUUCUGAUAAUAGCAAGAAUUCUAAGAUUGGAUAUGGGUCUGAUGGUCAGAACGACAAUUAUGAUCAUGAUAAUGAUAUCGAUAGCGGUGACACCUAUGAAUACAGUGAGAUUGCACAAGAGAGAAAGUAUGGUUACCAUGCCGACAAACAAAAUUCUAGCUAUGAAAACAGUGAAAUCAAUGAUAGUGGACAUCUUGGUGGCCAAAACAUCCUUCGGAGUCUUUCAAGUGUUACAAGUUUGGAGUUGUUAACUGAUGCUGGAGAGGUGGUUCUAAUUAGGGAAUUGAGAAGAUGUUCAAUCUUUAGCAACCUGAAGAUCUUGUCCCUUGGUGAAUGGUGUAUGGCUCCUGGUUUCGAUGCACUAAUUUUCCUGCUCCAACAUUCACCUGUUAUAGAGAGGCUUUUUCUCCAACUUAAAUUGAAGCAAAAAAGCCUUGGAAACAAGUAUCAAACUACAGAGAAGAUCAUUUACCUGCAAAGACCUUCAAAUGGUGAAAAUCAAAUGCUCAAAGGAUGA